AUGGAACCUGCUGAAGCUACAAAUGCCGCGGGCCAAAACCCAAGGCCUGGUACCGAUUCUGAUAACGUGAAAAUGCGAGUGCAAGACCAGAAUCUGGAGGGAGAACAGAAGGGCUUGGAUGAUGGGAGCCCCGAGGCUAUUCCGGACAUCAUGAAUGAUCCAGCAUACGAUACAAAUGCAAAGGAGAAACAGAAAAGUUUGGAUGAACCGGACACCUGUAGGAUAUGCCGAGGCGAGGGUUCCCAGGAAGAACCCUUGUUCUAUCCGUGCAAAUGCAGUGGCAGCAUCAAGUUUGUCCAUCAAAACUGCCUCAUGGAAUGGCUGUCACAUUCACAGAAGAAGCACUGCGAGUUGUGCAAGACACCGUUUCACUUCACCAAACUCUAUCAUCCCCACAUGCCUAGUACCGUUCCACUUCCGGUCUUCCUACGCCAGGCUGCAAUACACACAUGGAAAAGUUUCCUGACCUGGUCACGCUUCCAGCUCGUGAUGUUCGUCUGGGUAGUAUGGCUACCAUGGUGUAUGCGAACCAUUUGGAGGGGUCUUUUCUGGAUAGGGGACGGGGGCUGGGUGGAUUGGAAAGAAAGGGGCAUACAAACUGAGUCGGAAAUCCUCAACGUUUCCGCCAAGCUUGCUGCACGAGGCACGAGUCCAGCGAACCAAAACUUGUUCACAUCAAGAGAAGCUACCGCAUCGGCGUUCAUAUUGCAAAUCUCAAACAAGAUCCCGGACCUCGUCUCACCUAUUCGACGGCUGGUGACCUUUGCGGCUGGUGAACCUCUAGGGCUCAAGCUGUUGAAAAAUCUCUAUAGUUUCGUCAUGGGUCGAUCGUCGGGCGAAUCCUCAUCUUCAGUGACUUCAAUGACUAACGUUACUAGUCACGCAGCCCAUGUUCCACGCUCGUCAUCCUGGCUUUCUGACGUCAAGUUCCUGAGGACGCUGACGAGGUCAGCUAUGCUGAACAAUCUCAUAGUUGAUGCCCUUGAAGGACAGAUCAUUACGCUGGCGCUUGUCACGGCUUUUAUACUAAUAUUCUUGAUCAGAGAGUGGGUGGUCCAGCAACAGCCUAAUCUCUUUGGCGGGGCUGAAGCCCGCGUCAAUCUUCCCGGAGCCCAAAACGCAGACGCUCCAGUGCAACAGCCCAUUGAUCAGAGACAUCAAGGCCCCCAAGGUGAAGGUGAUGUCGGGCUCGCAGAUGCAGGUGUACAAGUACAAGGGCCAAGGGCGAGGUUGAUUGCAAGGCCUAGACCCCGAAGACCAGUCCCCCCCAGACAGAUUACGGAGCAAGGUGUGAAUCACGGGGACGACUUUGCUACUGAGGAUUCGCAACCUGAAGACGUGGCAAUCGAGAAUUCGAAAUCAAAAGCUGAUGCAUCCGAGAAUGACACCAAGGACCAAUCUCAAGGCUCACUUCAGAGACCCGCGAUGCCGGACAGGGACAAAUUAGCUAGGGCUGCUGAGAUUCGUCGCACUAUCGAAGAACAGUCUCGAGUCUCGGAGGACGGUGAUGACCCUGGGAACACGUUCCAGGAGCUUUGGAACCGCGCCGAGAACAAACCUUCUGAGGUCAUCAGAAUCAUUGACGAGGAGGGUCGCAAUGAUGAGCUGAGUUGGAUUGUGGCGACUAUGGGAAAGAUUGAAAAUCUGUCUAGCGUAAAUGUUCCGGAGGGUCAGAUUGUUUCUCCGGCGGAUAAACCAGUCACUGCAACGCUGAGCAAUGAAGACAAUGGUCCCAACAGUAGCCGUUGGCCGAGUGAUGACGAAGGAUUCGUGGUUCUUGAUAAAUUGUCACUGAAUGUCAACUCGGAGCCCAAAGACGAACAGAGCUUGAGCACAGAACCUCCGCGAAGUUUGAACCAAGAUGCAGUCGUUGAGGGCCCCAGGUCUCCUGCUAGAAAGUCACAAAGGAGCCCUGCUACUUCAGGGAGGGCAAGCAGUUACUCGCAAGAUCACAAGGCCGUAGCACUCAAUCAUCCAUCUGACCCAACCCAGAACUCAACAGGGAAAAGCGCGAAAGGUCAGGAUGUCCUAGCUAACGGAGCCCAAAGGGAUCUUGAUACUGCUAGCUCAACUGAUGCUGCCCUCGAUAGCCCUAAUGACAGCCCAUUCCACCCUGAGUACGAGAGAGAGUCGGCGGAGGAAAACAUCAUUGCUAGUAAUCCAGGUUCAGACAACUCAAGUAGGGAACUACUGCUUGAAACAGCGCAGCCUACUACUUCGCCGAUUGAAGCAAACGAAGGACAGGCGCCAGCCGAUUUCCCUCAAGGAACCCCCGAGCGACGUCGUGGCCUUCUUGAACCUAUCACAGACUGGCUUUGGGGAGGCGAUGCGCCAGCGCCCUCUCCCUUUGAGCAGCCAGCCGGUGAUGAUGAGCACAUCGUAAACAACAUCGCCGAGGAAGCGCCUUUUGUGCCCAUGGAACACGGACAUCCCUUGAGGGCGGCUGACAAUGAUGGUGAAGUUCCCGGGCAAGACCCCGAAGUGGUUGCAGCCGCCAUUCAAGCGGGUCUCGAUCCGAAUGAGAUUGAAGCAGCUGAAGACAUUGAGGACUUAGAGGGCAUAAUGGAGCUUGUGGGAAUGCAAGGCCCUCUAGCAGGAUUGGUACAAAACGGAAUGUUCUGCGCCUGUCUUGUGUCACUGACCAUAUUUUUUGGUGUCUGGAUACCAUACAUUUCAGGGAAGCUGUUCCUGGUCUUUUUGGCUCAUCCUGUCUCGCUUCUAUUGAAGCUCCCAUUACGGUGCUCUGUAUCAAUCGCAGAUACUAUCAUAGAUGGCUUCACAUUUGGCAUCGCCUGCACGUUCUACUGGACCGAUAUCUUCGCCCGCCUCCUCUGCACCCCAAUUGGAUGGGUCAUACCACCUAUGGCGAAAAUCACUAAAAACUUGUCGGUAGCAGAGACGGCUAAGUUCUAUGCAGAGGGUGCACUGGAGAGGCUUAUGAAUGUUAUUUCUGCAACAGGGAACAUUAUGUUCGAGUCUGACAUCCCCGCCUUUUCGGUCAUUGCUCAUGAGUCUUUGCUGUCCAUUGAAGGCAGAGCUAGAUGGCUUUUGCGUGGCGUAUGCGACUACAUCGGCUACUGCUUCAAUGUCGCAUAUAACAGCUCCGGUUUUGAGGAAACUGCAAUGGUUUUCGCCUCCGGAGUCGUCAACCAAGGGAAGGCACUCUCGACCUUUGUCAUCGACCAAGUCCCAACUAUCGUGCCUUCAACAUCCUCGGUCUCUCAUUUCCAUCCGCUCCAUGUCAAUCUCAGCAUGACACCAAGAUCCACUCCCCUCGACUACGAUUUAGCAUAUUGGGGUACGAAGGACCGAGCCCUCGCCGUGAUGUUCGGGUAUCUGUUCUUUGCAUUCUUGGGAGUGGUAUACCUCAACCUCAACGCUCGGAUCAAAGGCAUCAACAAAGCCGAAAGAGUACCCGGAGUGCUUGCGGAUGUCCUCUACCAAGCUGGAGGUGUUCUGAAGGUAAUCUUGAUCAUCAGUAUUGAGAUGAUUGUAUUUCCUCUAUAUUGUGGGCUGCUGCUCGACGUGGCACUGCUGCCGCUUUUCGACAGCGCCACAUUGAUGUCGCGGAUCGAGUUCACCAUGUCAUCUCCCUACACUUCUAUCUUUGUCCAUUGGUUCGUAGGAACAUGUUACAUGUUUCACUUUGCGUUGUUUGUUGCCAUGUGCCGGAAGCUGAUGCGUACCGGCGUUCUAUACUUCAUUCGCGAUCCUGAUGACCCAACAUUUCACCCUGUGCGCGACGUUCUUGAGCGCAGCGUCUCCACUCAAUUAUGGAAGAUCUCUUUCAGCGCAUUGGUAUAUGGGGGGCUGGUCAUCGUGUGCCUGGGCGGUGUGGUUUGGGGUAUUGCAUUUUCGUUCGACGAUGUUCUUCCAAUCCACUGGUUGUCAAAUGAGCCAGUCCUGGAGUUCCCAGUGGACCUCUUAUUCUACAAUUUCCUGAUGCCAUUAGCCGUCAGAUUUUUCAAACCCUCGAAAGGAUUGAACAAAAUGUACAAUUGGUGGUUCCGCAAAUGUGCCCGGACUCUCCGACUGACGAACUUCUUAUUCGGUGAGAAGAAGGAGGAUGAGGAGGGCAGGCAUGUACGGCGCACCUGGAGGGAUGUUCUACAUGGGACCCAAGGGGACGCGCAAAAUCCAGUGAUUGGCAAAGACAGGCACGCUCUUGCUCAAGAUCGGGAGGUGCAGGCCUACUUUCUGCGAGACGGUAGAUAUGUGCGUGCGCCAGCAUCAGACCAAGUUCGGAUUCCCAAAGGCGCGCACACCUUUCUGGAAGUGGACGAACAUAAUAACCGGCUGGAUAAUCAGCCAGAUCCAGAUGAAGGUCUGCAUGGCCGAAACAACGAAAUGUUCGCCAAGGUCUACAUUCCUCCCUUCUUCCGCGUUCGCAUCAGCGCAUUCAUAUUCCUUAUCUGGCUCUUCGCUGCCGCGACCGGAGUCAGUAUGACCAUUGUCCCCUUGGUAUUUGGCCGCUUCGUCUUCGCAAAGGUCACACUAAAUCAUCUCCGCAUGAACGACAUCUAUGCAUUCUCAAUCGGCAUCUAUAUCCUCGGUGGUGCUCUUUACGGGGUGCUCUAUCACCACCAGAUCACCACCUACCUUCGGGACACCCUGACCCCUCACACUCCGACCAUCACCACUUUCCUCCGCAAGUCUGCAACCCUCGUCGUCCGCCUCCUGAGUCUCAUCUACACCUACGCGGCUUUCGGCGUCCUACUCCCUGCGCUCCUUUCGCUCCUCAUGGAAUUCUUCCUCAUCAUCCCCCUCCACACCUACUUCAGCACCUCUUUCACAAGCUUGAACACCAUCUCCUCCGAACGCCACAUCAUUCAUCUCAUUCAAGACUGGACCCUGGGCAUACUUUACCUCAAAAUGGCCGCUCGCGUCAUCCUCUACAAUACACCUUCUCGGCCAGCCUCCGCCCUCCGCGGUAUCAUCCGCAACGGUUGGCUGAAUCCAGACGUCCGCCUAGCGACCAGAGGUUUCAUUCUGCCUGCAGUGAUCGCAAUGACGGUCGCGCUGGUAACACCAUUGGCCUUAGGCUGGCUAGCCAAUGCCACAGUCCUGCAUGCAUAUAGUGCGGAGGACGAGAUCUUCAAAGCAUGCGUUUACCGCUAUAGCUACCCGGGGGUUCUGGCAAUCGGGUUCGCGGCCACGUUUGUGACGUUGCUGAGUAGGGCUUUUACUGGGUGGAGGAGGAAGAUCAGGGAUGAGGUUUACUUGAUUGGGGAGAGGUUGCAUAACUUUGGGGACAGCAAGAGGGCGAAGGGAAAGGGCAAGGGAAAGGCGAGGGAGAAGAGGGCGGCUGAAGGGCUUUGA